AUGUGCCAUCCUCCACCCUUCACCCCAUCUCAUCCAAGUCGACCCCUUGGCGAGAUUACGCCGGGGCCAAUGCGGUAUCCUCGAGAGCGGGUCUCAUUACAGCAGAGGAAGCUCGCUCCUUGGAACAAGCUCGAGGUCGUCGUAAAGACGUCGCCAUCAACGUCGUCGGUUGCUCCUCCUGGUGCACCCGCACAGGACGGUCACGGAGCCUCACCCUCUCGAUCCCGCCCUGCUUCCCCGGCCUCUCCCGCCCUCUCGACCGCUUCAACCGUUGACGGCGAAGAGGACAUCGAGUUAUCACCCAUCCUCCCUCCGCUCCCGGCUCCCCGGCUCCCGGACAGGGCUUUGCAGCUACUGAGGACGCCACCGCCCGGUGCUUUAGAGGACGGUCAAUUUGGCACUGCCAGCUGGGGCUCCCCUUAUCCUCAGUCAGACAGCAACCUCCGCCGUCAGAGUUUCAGCAGCGACGCUUCGGACGACUCACCAAUCCAUCACUUGGACAUCGAGACCCCUUUUCUCCGUCCAGUCCCCGAACUUUCGCGAUCGCAGUCGGAUCAGAACUCGCCUUUGAGCGCCGCCGCUGCCGUUCUUGCGAACCGUGUCCGCCGACAGACCCGUGGACUUACCGAGGAUUGGAUCCGCACCCAUACUACCGACGACCACAACGACGAGAGUCGCCAUUGGUUUAGUGACGGAAGUGAAAGCGAGCACUCUUCAUUGAGCGGCUCCGAACCCGGUUGGCAGGAAGAAGGUGAAUUCCGCACCCCCCGAGCUCCCCAGCGGACCACCAACCUUACAACCACCACCACGUCUCGACAAGGAUCCCGGCACCAACCCCGUGCCCGAUCCAGCAUCGAGACCCUCAGACCAGGGGAUUCCCUCAGUCCCAACAACACGGGACAGAACAGCAGUAUGGCGACCUCCGAAGCCGCGCCGGCAACCCACGACGCGGCGAGCGACAGGUCUCAGGCCGCCUCCCCACCGGAAGUACCUGUCGCAGAAAGCCCCAAGAAGCGCAUCCCCAGUGUCAAUGGCAUCAUGGAGCCCAAGCUUCCCGCGACCCCGAUCAAGGGCAGCCAUAAGCCUCUUCCCAAGGAGCCCGCUAUGACGCCCCGCAUAAGGAAGAAGGUGCCGUGGAGAGGCAAGAACAUCAUGGUCCUCAUCCCGCAAGAUCAGGAGCGAGGUCAGCCUGGCCAUGCGCCCAUGCCGCUUCGCCAGGAUGAGAUUAAGAGAAUGUUUGCAUCGUGGCAAGAGCUCGGAUACGAUAUUUCGGGUUUCGACCUGGAGGUUGAUGGCUACCAAGCAGAGGGAACCGCGGACUCUCAGACUCGGGAUUCUUGGCCCAAUUUUGACGAGGUGGCCAAGGAGCGAGAGGAGCGAACCUUCAAGGUCACACUUCCUGACCUGAACGCUUGGAAGAACUACAUGGAUGAGCUGCAGGAGGCCAAGUUGAGGGCACUUGGCGUAUUCUCUGGUGACGACGAUCCUGAGCCUCCCUCAAUCUCUCCUGCGGCAACUGAUCUCAGCCGACAACCCUCAGCUCAAUAUCCACCCCUUCCCUUCUCCCCGCCUCUCCCGACUUCUUCUGCCUCGAGCAAUCAUGGUCUUCCUGCAUUCCAGCAUGGUCAGUUCAUGCCUGGACGACCAUCAACUCAGAGCCCUGGUAUCAGCCAUGGCGCAUCUCCACUCUCAUUCUCUGCAUUGCCCGGCAAAUUCAACCCUCGACAGUCUAUUUCUCUGCCGGCUAGCAGCUCACCUUUUGGGUUCCAGCAGCAAUCACCGCAGGCCUGGAACCAGGCAGGUAUCCUGCAAGGCCUGAGCCGUCAUGAUUCGCCUUCACUUAUGAACCUGAACGGCAUCAUGUCGCCUCAGUCACCAUUUGGACCUGAGAGCCCUGGCAUCCCCAUGCAUCAGCGCCACCAGUCCCUGCAGUAUCCCAUGCUGCCCCACCAGCAGUACUCGUUCCUUCAGCCCGCUAGGGCAUCCCCUCGCCUGCAGGAAGUUCGAGAAGAUGAGGAGGAGCCUGUUGUCGAGAGUCCUGCGAGGACGCCUGAGCCUCCUGCACAGCAGAACCCCGACACAUUGCAAGCUGAGAUUGACGACGCCGAGUACCAUCUUGAGGAGCAGCUCCGCAACGAGCUGGAGCACGAGGACUACAAUCCUCAACCUCAGAACGACGAGCCUGCACCUAUGCCGGAUCCUUUCGUUCCUGCUCAUGAUCGACAAGCCUCUAAUCACUUCCCAGUUCCAGAGCGGUUUGCCAAUGAGCCUUCCAAGCCUCUGGUCCUGCACCAUCCCAGGCCCCACAGCCGUGGUCAUUCGCUUUCUCAGGGAUACUUCCGUGAUCACAAUGAGAACAAUGUCACUGCUGAUGAGAGCAAUCUGACCAAGUUCAGUAGUCUCAAUGAGAUCCCAGAAACUCGUAAGGGCGAUGAAGCCUUUGAGAUUGAGACCAACCCCAGCAAUCUGGGCACACCUGUUCAGGACUUUGAUUUCCCCUCUGGCUUUGGCCACCAGAAGAACUUCUCAACCGCCAGCAAUCCCUGGAACGAUGCUGGUUCAGUUGCCAGUGGUGGCAACGCAGCUAGACGCUCUAGCCACGCCAGCAAGCCCUCGCUGUCUAAGCUUAAUGUGCAGGCACCCGAGUUCAAGUUCAACCCCACGAGCAGCUUCACACCUGGGCAGUUCAACUUCAAUGCUAGCAGCUUUAAGCCAACCAGCGAAAGCUUCCAGCCUGGCAGCAGCUUCAAGCCCACUAGUGAGAGCUUCCAGCCUGGUGCCAACAGCUUCCAGCCCACUGCGAAUAGCUUCCAACCUACAGCCAGCAGUUUUCAGCCGGGUGCAAGCAGUUUCCAGCCUACGGCUAGCAGCUUCCAGCCCACUGCGAGCACUUUCCAGCCUGGUAACUUUGAGGCAGCCAGCUUCCAGCCUUCUGUUUUCCAGGCCAACACGAGCGUGUUCAGCUCUCCCCCAGCCAACCCGCCUACUCAUGUGACGCCUGCCAAGAUCCACGCGACCGCCCCGUCAUUCUCCCCUGGCCAGAGUGCUUUCAGCUUCUCAGCUUCGGGUCCCAAGUUCAAUCCCGACGCGCCUACCUUCACGCCUCACUCUGAUUCGUUCACUAGCCCUGUCGCGUCCGGCAGUGAGAGCAAGGGUCACCGUGGAAGCAUCUUCGGAAGCAUUGAUCUCAGAUCUAGCGCCUUGCAACAGUCUACCAAGUCCAAGGCCAUUCCGAUCAUCAGACCAUCCAGCACCUCGUCUGCGAGGUCGCACGACGGUGAUGAGACGCAGGAGGAUGCAGAUGGACGACCUCUCGUGGAUGAAAACAGAGUCAAGCGCGCGCGUAGCUCUGCGCCCGGUGGCGACGAUGUGCCGCUCUUUGCUGAGCAACCAAAGGAGCCUGAGCUUCCCUUGCAUGAAUCUGAAGCAUCUGGCAAGGAUGAGGCCUUCGGAGAGGACCGCCGUGUGGAGACUGAGCAAACUCUGCCUGCAGAUACAUCCAUGUCCUCCAUCGUCACUUCUGACCCCAUUGAUACCAAGGCCACAACCGCGGCUCCCUCGGCGGCGCCAUCUGAAGACUCACCUGCCGACCAAAGCAUCAACCGCUGGAAGCCGUUUGAGUUUGAAUCCAACGUGGACAUCCAGAGCUUCAACGACGCGCGACCCUACGGUGAAGACAACUUUAAGCACGGUCACAAGAAGACUCUUUCUGCUACAGCGCAGCCAUUCACUCCCGGUGCGGCUUCUUAUGGGGACGCCACCCAGACGGAACAAGAAGAAGAAUCCGACGCGUCUCCCGUGGGCAGCCCAAUUCCGGCUCGCGCCCCUGUUGGUCUUGCUGGUUCUCGAUACAGCUCUACCCAGUCUCAACCUAGGACUGUUUCUAAGGGACUCAGUGCUUCUCGCUUUGCUGAUCCUGCACCCAAGCCCAAGGGCCUGGCUGCGUCUCGGUUUGCCAGGAGCCCUACGCCAGAUGAGAAGCCACUACCUCCCGUACCUGUUGAGGACGACGUCCUGGAAUCAGUUGAGCACGACGCCGAGUUUGAGCCUGAACUUUCUGCUACUAUUACGAACCCUGCUGGUGGUGACGGUACAGAGCCUACCUUUGAAGAGAUUGACGCUGUCAUGGACCAGUUCUUUGAUGAUCCUACGAUGGGCGUCAACAAGCACGAGCCUUCCAAGUGGCAGCAUGGCAGCCCUACCCGUAAUCUCUCGAUCGCAGCUGUUGCCAACUCAUCACCUUACCGACUGGAGCCUGUUAACCACUACGCUAGGGACGAGACCAGCCUCACUCCUCGCGAGUACCACGCUCUUCCCGAGCCUUCUGCUCAACCUAUGCUGAGCACUGAGCUUGAGGAUCCUUUCAUUGACCCACCUGAGCCUUUGGUCACUCCUGAUAACGCCGAUGCUGUCGAUGGUGAAAGCUUGCCAGCUAGUGACUGGGAAGCUGCUUUCACCGAGGAUGAGCACGAGAAGCUCGAAAACCGGGCUCAGUUCUUCGAUGGCCGUGUCAACGAGGUGGUUGGCAACCUUCUGGCAUCUCGCCUCGAGCCUCUGGAGAAGACCUUGUUCUCUAUUCAGCAAGUUCUCGCCACCAGAGCUCGACGAACUCCUUCGUCUCGCCGUGAUAUGCGCAGCGUUUCUGCUGAGCUGCAGCAGAGCGAUGCCGAUGACGAGGAUGAGGAGCCCAUUCCUCGCCGCUCUAUGAGUCCCCGAAGGGAUCGCCGCAUGGAUCAGAUUCGCGCGGCUGUGCUCGAGGGUCUCGCUGCUCACCAGCGAAACCAACCCUCACUCUCCCCAGCCCCCGUUCUGGCUCCCGCCCCUGCACCGACAGCUGUUGAGGCGCCUCCUACGGCUAUUCUGGAGGCCCUUGAAGAGAUGAAGAAGCAAAUCAGCAACAGCAUGAAGGGCAACGAUGACCUGAAGAAGAUUGUUGAGGAAGUUGUUGAGCGACGUGUGCCUGCCGGCCCCAAGCCUGAAGAAGUGCAAGAUGCCAAAACUGAGGAGUUGCAGGCCAAGAUCACAGAGAUCGAGCAGCGCCUCUACUUUGAGCAGACCAAGGUCGAGAACGAGGUUGCUGAGCGAAGAAUGGCCGAGGACCUGGCUGCUGAGCUUAUGCGCAAACUUCAAGCUGCCGAGACUCGUGUUGAGGUUGAGAUUAUUAACCGCAGCGUUUUUGAUCAGCGCGUCGCUGACCUUGAGGAGAGAUUGCGCGCAGCCGAGGAGCUCAGUGAGCAGUCGGUCAUCGUGCGUCGUGCCGCCGAGGACAAGCUUACCGAAGCCAGAGUCCAGCACGAGACUGCCGCUGAGGAGGUUGUCCGACUCCGCGAGAUCAUUGAGCAGCGAGACCACAAGCUCCGCUCUGUGGAGCAGGCCAACAGCAAGACUGCUAUGCGGAUUGCUCUCCUGGAGGCUGCCCAGAACAACGCGGCUCAGGCUCAGACUGAGGCUAUCAGCAGAUGCAAGGUUAUGGAAGCCGAGUUGAAGGAUGUCCGCCAAGACAACCACCACUGGCGUGCCGAAGCUGAGCGUUAUGACGAAUCUGCCCGACAGAAGGGUGCCGAGUUGACUCGCGCCCUCGAGGAGAACCAGCAUAUGCACAAGUCUCUCACCACCCUCACCACCCAACUUGAGGAGAACGAACGCAUGCGUGAGUCCUGGCGAGGCAAGUUCAUUUCUCUCCAGGAGGAUAUGGGCCGAGCCGCUCGCGAGAUCGCCGAGGAGAACGCCCGGCGCAUCAAGAAGGACCAGGCUAUGCUCGCCCGACAGGAGGUGUUGGAUGCUCGUCUCCAAGCUGAGGCUAAGACCCGAGAGCGCUUGGAGGUUGAGAUGGAACGUCUUCAGUCUAACGAACGUGCCGGUAUGCGGGCCACCAACGAGUGCGCUCGCCUUGAGGGCCUGAUUGGCGAGCUCAAGACCGAGAACCACAAGCUUGAGCAGAAGGCUGCCCGAUACCAGCGUGAGUUUGAGGAGGCACGUGAGUCUGGUGCCAGCGAGGUCAAGAGAACUCGCAUGGCCCUCCAGACUGAGAUCGACUCUGCCAACAACCAAGUCAACUUCAUCCGCGAGGAACUUGAGGAGCAGAACUCGAAGCUUCGCGCUGAGCUCGACCACGUCCGACUCGAAGCCGAUACCGCCAAGGCCCAGAGCGAGAUGCUUCUUGAAGAGGCUGAGAACAGCAAGACAAUCGAGCUUGAUGAGUUGCGUGCCAAGCACCAGAACGAGUUGGAGGAUCUCCAGACCCGAUAUGAGCGACGCGUCAACAAUGCCCAGGAGGAUGCUCACAAGACCGAGCAACACCUCUUGGAGCGUCUCAGCCUGUCAGCCUCCAAGACUGAACACCUUCAGGAUCGCAUCCUUCAUCUCGAGGAUAAGCUUGAGAUUGCCAAGCAGGCCGCUGCUGCCGCUGCCCAGGCCGCGAAGUCUGCUGGUGCUGAGGUGACUGUCGCUGCUCCUCAGGUUAAGCAUGCUUCACGAAACCUCGACCCUCCUGAGAAGAUCUCGCCACAGGCCCUCCGAGAAUCCAUCAUGGUUCUCCAGGAGCAGCUGCAGGCCCGUGAGCAGCGGAUCGAGGAGCUCGAGCACUCUCUGUCGAAGGCGGAUCCUGAUGCCGCAAGCAAGAUCACAAAGCGAGAUGAUGAGAUCAGCUGGCUUCGUGAGCUCCUUGCCGUCAGGCACGAGAACUUGCAGGACAUCAUCGCGGCACUUCAGAGUGACCGCUUUGAUCGCGAUGCAGUGAAGGAUGCUGCCAUUAGACUCAAGGCGAACCUCCAGAUGGAGGAGCAGGAACGGGAGAGAGCAAUGAACGGUGGCUCUGCCAUCAACCUACCCAACAUUGCCCAGACUAUUCAGAAUGCCACUCCUCGUGUUGCCCAAACGAUCGGCCCUAUCGCUGCCGCUUGGGGCAACUGGCGCAAGGGUAACCGCAGCUCUCCAUCUCUGAGCAGCUUCUCCAAUGUUCUGAACUCCCCCGUCGCUGGACGAAACGCCACUCCUUCGAGGAGUAACUCGAAUGCGCAGAACAGCCUGCUGGGUGGUCUUAUGACGCCCCCAGCUUCUGGACUGCGCCAAACACCCCCUGUGGACAACAGACCACAGCCCACCGCCUUCGCUAGCACUGGACGUCGCUUCCCAAGCGGCGGACAGGGACGAUCGCGAGGAAUCUCAAAUACCUCGCAUCGAUCAGAGCGAGUAACCACGCCGCCUCCCAGGGAACCAGAGGAGGAGCCCAUGACUCCCCCGAUGAUGCGGACGAGCGGCUACGACUCGGAUGCGCAACCUGGAGACUUUGAUGAUAAUGACUUCUUCGAAGAGGACUAA